UCCUCCGGGCAGGUUGUGCAGAGUCAGUGGCUUCGCGCGCGUGUGUGUGGCCAGGACUUCGCUACUGUGGCCGAAUAGUGUUUGUGGCCCUUUGUGGUGGCCAGCGAUUAGUUAACAGUGCUCUGUGGCCAGGACUCUGACACCUACUCCUCCUAACUGGCUAAUCUCGUCAAUCUGUGGUAAUAUGGCAGUUAAUAAUUGCCAUAAUAGAUGAUAAAACAACACAUGAACUAUUAUGAUUGAAAUAAUAGUCAGAAGCUUACGUUUGGUGUGUGAAGUGAAUUAAUUAUUCCUAUGGUGUCAACUCCAGUGAUUUUCCCGCCAAAUAGUGACUUUCCCGCCAAAUAGUGACUUUCCCGCCAAAUAGUGACUUUCCCGCCAAAACACAAACCCAAGUGAAUCUUACCGUCAAAAAAUAAGCAAAACAAAACGGAAAACGGAAAUGCAAAAAUCCGCCGCCCAACCUUGAAGAAAUAACCCAGUGAUAACGGCCCCUUCCUAGCAACCGGAUUCACCAGCACGCUUACAAGAACCACCUUCCCAUCAUCCGGAUUCAUCAACAAGCUUAUACAAACGCUACCACCUUCCCAUCAUCCGGAUUCAUCAACAAGCUUAUACAAACGCUACCACCUUCCCAUCAUCCGGAUUCAUCAACAAGCUUAUACAAACACUACCACCUCCCCCAGGAUCCGGAUUCACCAACAAGCUUAUACAAACGCUACCACCUCCCCAGGAUCCGGAUUCAUCAACAAGCUUAUACAAACGCUACCACCUCCCCAGGAUCCGGAUUCACCAACAAGCUUAUACAAACACUACCACCUCCCCAGGAUCCGGAUUCAUCAACAGGCCUACGAAAACGCUAAACUAGCCCCAAUAAAACCAAAAACGACACUCGGGAGAAACAUAAAAGCCUCCUGGACACCACUGGAGGGUAACUGAGAAGUCCUUUUGUUGACAUCGAGGAAAAUCAUGGAAAGUGAAGCAAGAAGAGAAAAAUGGAGACAGUUUUCCUUAAUUGUCGCUUUGCUGCUGUUUACAUCACACAAAUCUAUCGCUCAGGGCGCCACAGACCCCAGAUGCCACUCCCCCUUCGGUAACUUCCCGGAUGCUGCCAACUGCGACAGAUACAUCUCCUGCUGGGGUGGUCGAGGCUUCUCCCAGCGAUGUGGCACUAGUCUGGUCUUUAAUCCGAAUACCAGGACCUGUCAAGCUGGUACUACAUGUCCAGGAAUCACCGUAGGAGCUCCGUACACAGGGCAAAAAGUUCGUCUACGGAACGGCAGAGGGCCCUGGGCAGGCGACCUACAGGUGAUGUCUCAGGAUCAAUGGGCCUUUGUCGACGCUAGAGGCUGGACACAUCAACUAGGAAGGCUAAUUUGUACCCAGUUGGGGUUUGUGGGAUACGAGUCAGGAAGAGGCGUAUUGGGGACUGCUCGAGGUUCAAGCCCCAUUGUUCAGCUUGGAUGUCCUGGUGGGGCUACGAGAAUUACACAGUGUAGUUUGAACCCCUGUACCACCUGCCUUCCUCAAACUGCUGUAGUGACGAUAAGAUGUAGCCGUGCCCCGACCCACAGAUGCCCACGACAGCAGACUACAGCAAGGGAAACAGUGGGUCGUCCUUGGAACAGAUGGCAGGAGAUGUGUUACCUCGUUCAGGAUAACUACAGGACUACGAAGGACUCAGCGAGGGCUAUGUGUAACGAGAGGGGUGGCCAGUUACUGUCUAUUGAUAACCAGGCUGAACACGAGUACAUUUCAGAACUCUUAACUGAGUCCUUGGAUAACUUAGAGUUCUAUACUGACGGCGUGGGCGUGAGGCGAUGGGCGUGGGAAAGUACUCAGCAACCUUUUCAACACGUCAAAUGGUGGCCAGGUUGGAAUGCCACAUCGAGCACCAUAACCACUCCGCCACCCGCUAUUGAUCCGGAAUCCUGUGUCAUCCUUAAGAGAUCCUUCCCGCUGAGUCCUACAUCAACCAGUUCCUACGACAGCGGAUUCUACUUCUACAGCGCCUCUGACUGCAGGGAGAAGAGGCCCUUUGUGUGUCAAGCUAAAGUCAGAGAUGUGGGCUGUUACGAUGGUGACGGGGCAUCGUACGCCGGCAGCGCUGACGUCACCAUCACCGGGAAAACAUGUCUUAUGUGGACCGACCCGACCAUCAACUCACUCCACGGUCGCUCCUCCUCCCGGGCCAGAAACUUUGAUCUGGGUCUAAUAGGCUCCCAUAACUACUGCCGGAACCCUGACGGAGCCCUUAAGCCCUGGUGCUUCGUGGACGCCCUUAAUGCUGAACCCUGUGACGUGAAGCCCUGCAGUGACGUCAUCGGGGGAACGGCCGCUCCGGCAGGUAUGGCUCAGAGGACUACCACAUUACUACGGCCAUUGCAUUCUAGUACUACAAGGUUACCAACUACUGCUACUACUACUACUACUACUACGACUACUACUACUAGAGCUACCGUUGCUAAGGUGCGGUGUAGAUCAGAGGAACACACCUGUGAGAGUAGCGACAUAUGUGUAGACCCCAAGCAGGUGUGUGAUGGAGAGAGGCAGUGCCCACGGGGAGACGACGAACACCUUUGUAAACGCUUUCUGCAGGGGUUCGAAGUGAGGAGGAAACGCACUCUAGUUGACGGUCAAGUGUUGGCCGUGUUCCCGAGGGCGGAUGUUGGAGUGUGUGGUAAACAGUGUAUUGAGAAUUUCCUCUGUCGGGGUUUCCUGUUUAAUGGAGUCACCAAACAAUGUAUGUUAAGCAGUAAUGACAUCGGGUCUUCUGGCAUCGUACCGUCUAAUCAAGAGGACUUUUACGAGCUUCGCGCACGCCGACGCACCUGUAAUGGACGGUUCACCUGCGCUAACGAGAGGUGUAUAGACAGAAGAAAGAAAUGUGACGGGCUUGAUAACUGUGGCGAUGGGACGGACGAGAAACAAUGUGGAACAGCCGAGAAAUUUGAUAUCGAGUUGAUUGGUGGAAAUAAUCGCCAUGAAGGGAAUGUACAGGUAAAGGUGAAUGGUGAAUGGGGCUUCGUGUGCGAUGAUGGAUUUGGAUUCGAAGCCGCGGAUCUGGUGUGUCGAAGCCUUGGUUAUCCUUCAGCCGAUAGUUUCACUCGUAAUAAUCGAUACGGAAAUAGUGACACAGUAUGGAGAAGGAGUCGACCUAAGUUCUGGUUGGACAAGUUAGCAUGUACAGGACGUGAAGAGAACCUGUUUGAAUGUCCGUCUGGCGGUGUGGGUGUACAUGACUGUGGGUCCACGGAGAUUGCAGGUGUGGUGUGCCGGACAGGUGUGGCACUGUGCCUAAGUGACCAGUUCCAGUGGCUCAGCCCGACUCCACACCUCACUUUGGUCAAUGGGGUACUGUCUGUGAUGAUAGCUUUGAUGACAGCCAUGCUAAGGUUGUCUGUCGGAGCCUCGGGUAUCAAGGAGGGUGGGCGGUGGCCUACCGAGGCGUACUUCGGGCGUGGGCGUGGUGAGAUACUAGUGGAUGAACCUGGCUGUCGGGGCAGUGAGUCAUGGCUAGGACAAUGUCUGGGCGUUGUCUGGGGCGUGACAGAUUGUGACCAUAGUGAAGAUGUGGGCGUUUUAUGCUCUGAUGAGAUUCAAGUGCGAUUGGUUGAUGGCCCGACUGUUAACAGCGGUCGGGCUGAGGUGAAGCUGGCUGGCAAAUGGGGGACAAUUUGUGACGAUGAUUUUGAUGAUUACGAUGCCAAGGUUGUUUGCCGUAUGUUAGGUUACCAAGGUGAUGCCAUUGCAUAAAAGCUCACUUUGGCGGGGUUCAGGGCCGGUCUGGCUGGAUUCGAUGGAUUGUCAAGGAACCGAAACUGAUUUGAGAUUAUGUAAGAAAUCACAGCCAGGGUCAUCUGAUUGUACCCAUUCAGAAGACGCUGGGGUGACAUGUUAUACUACAAGACGCGGCGCCAUCAAUCGAGGGCUCCAGACAGCGCUGCCAGACAGGUGUGGGGAAGGACUGAUUCUUCUUCGUCUUUCUUAAUCGAUAAUUUUGCCAAGAUUAUCGGAGGCUCAACACAACAGCCUCUAGAGUAUCCAUGGCUGGUUUCUCUACAACUGAGAAGA